GCCCGCCCUGCGGUGCUGUCGGCCUGUCACUAGUGCCGCGUUAUCCUCUUCCAAAUUAACUUUGUUUGCGUAUUGUUACACUCGGACACCACUCGACACAAAUAACGCCCGCCGACUUGCCAACCCAAACAUCUGUCGAGCCGCUCGUUAACAUGAUACCGUGUACACGCUGCGACUGAGUAAUCGGGAGAGAUUUCAUUCGCAAUAAUGUAAGGCCGAUUGUGUUUUUCAUAUUAAAGCCGGACUCAUAAAACAAUACAUAAUAUUUCCCCGCUCAUGACAAACGAAUCGCGUUUGUGCGACUACGUCAGUAACUGGAAUAGAUUCUGUUAUUACGGGGCGUGAAAUUAAAGGAUAAACAAAUGAAGUCCGCAGCAGGCGCCAUAAUAAUGAAACAGCAGUCGGCAUCAGGAGGUGUCAAGCUGCAGACACGGGCGGCGUGACCCGGGACACGCGAACUGGGGCAUAUCGAUAAGCGCGCCCUACUUAGCCGGGUCGGGGCUGGCGGCGCAGCAUUGCGGCGAGUGCGGAGAGGAUGUCGGCCACGUCGUACACGUCGGGCAGCGUGCGCUCGGGCGCGGGCUCGGUGCGGCUGGGCGCGGGCGCCGGGCACGAGGUGGUGCUGGACGCGCUGUACGAGCGCAAGCGCGACAAGAAGACCGUGCGCGUGCUCACCGUCGUCGUGUACGUGUUCAGCGUGUCGCUGGCGGCCAUCAUGCUCUCGCUCUACUACGUGUUCUUCUGGGAGCCCAAGGACGCGCACUACGCGCAACGCAAGGUGUCAAACACUGUCACGCCGCAAACCAGCACCACACCAAUGCCCACUUGCUUUUUGCCUCACACCGGAGGAAGCGAUACCCCAGUGAAUGAAACUGCCACGCCGCCGACCCUUGACAGCUUCGCCAAUUUCACAAAUACAAAUGAAACGACGGAAAACACAGAAACGAUAGUCGACUACCUGGAGACCUCAACCAUACCCUCCGAGCAAGAUUACACCCUCAAUGACAACGAAACCCUCAAUGUCACAACUAUUACAUGACAGCUCAAAGAACCCUCAAAGAAACCUUACAACCAAACUAUUUGUAGUUAAAUCGAAUAACUAUCUCUGGUAAUAUCUACUGGUUGAACUACGAGUUCACAGGUAUUGCUGACUGGUUUUAGCGGCCUUAUAAUGUGAUCAAAGUAAUGUUCGCCGUCUUUAAAAAGAUCAAAUCUUUGAGAUUUGUUCAGUGAAUACGUAUUAGCUAGUGUCUGACCGAAGGUUGACUUUUGGCUGAAGACGAAGCCGAAGGCUUAAUAACCCUAAGAAAUUCUGUUGAAGAUUGGCUAAAAAUAAAAAAUAAAUGUUUUUUUUUUUUUAAGUUUAUGUUGACUGUUGUAUUUUGUUGUACUUUGGAACAUGUCUUUAAUAAUAACACUUCGAAAUAAUGUCAAUUAUAUUAUAACAUUCAUUUACUAAGAAGUAAGUGCAUUCAAUUACGGCGUAUGAUAAAAACCUUCGGCUUCGACCAAAACUUCGGUCCGUUUUGGCCGAAGUCGAAUGUAUGGCCGUAGGUGACCAAAGCCGAAGGUUCGGUAGGACAUUAGUUUUACAUAGCCAAUAUAAAAGGGUCGGAUGUGUAAAUACAACAUUUCCAUUUUGAAUUCCCAAAAUGUAAGUAAAUAAUUCGAAUACAGGGUCAUCAGUUAGGUAUCCGCUCAUCACUGAACUGUCAAGGGAGGGCUGAAAUAAAACACCAAUUUAAUAAUUAAAUAAGAAUAGCUAACUAAGUAAAUAACGUAAUUAAUUACCUAAUGUUUUAUUUACAAGUAGCAGAAAGGUUAAGUAGGUAAAAAAUUAAGUAGGUAUAAAGGGACAGGUCCUAGCCAUACUUUUAUACCAACCAGACUAUUCUGUAUUCUGAGCUACCAGCCAGAUUGGAGUCUGUUUUCUUCAAUGGAUUAUGAUCUCUUACGAGUAAGAUAGUUAUUGUAAGUUGUUAUACGACUGCCCAAGAAAAGAAGUGUUAUGUUUUUAUUAUGUAUGUACCUAGAUACCAAUGUAGUUUCUUUAUUCCAUCAAAACUUCUAGAAAUGUCUGAACAGAGCUGGGCGUAUGGAAUAUCGUCUUGGGUAUCAUAAUAAUCCUUACAGCAUCCCAUCCAUGGCUGGUGGGCGGCUAUAAUAUGUAUGACAUCCUAUUAGAAAUGUGAAAAAUUUCACUUAUACUUAGUUCAUUUUUGGAGGGUAGUCGUAUUUUUAAUUUUUUUAGGGUUCCGUACCUCAAAAGGAAAAAGGGAACCCUUAUAGGAUCACUUCGUUAUCUGUCGUCUGUCGUCUGUCGUGUCUGUCAAGAAAAGGGGAUCAAAAUCUAUAAAGUAGGUACUACCCAUUGAUCUAGCUAGAAUCAUGAAACUUGGCAGGUAGGUAUCCGGUAGGUCUUACCCAUAGCUCAAGUGGGUAAAGGAAAAAUGUGAAAUUGUGGUUACAUCACCAAAAAAAUUAAAAUGUGUUCGUGAACAAAUAAUUAGUUUACUAAAUCACAUAGCUAUAGAUGGCGCUGUCCGUCGUUAACUUGCAGUGUUGCACAUAAAGUGUUAUACGAUGGUACGGAUGGUGGUAUGGUACGGAACCCUUCGUGCGCGAUUCCGACUCGCACUUGACUGGUUUUUUUUAACUACGACUUGUUUUCUGUUUCUAACAUCACAUCAUAAUAAUAUGAGGUGAACGAAUGUAGUUAUAUUCUAAAUAUGAAUUAUGUAAAAGAUAACAAUUUAGAGAAUUAGAGUUACGAUUACGAUAGGUCGUUCCGCGAGAAUUAUAUGAUUAUGUUCAGUAGAAUAUAGACUAAGCUCUGGCUUUAGCUAAGACUAGUUAAGACACAAUAUAUAGUAAGCAAUCUGGUUUGUGUAUGAUCAUAGAAUUAUCAUCAAUAUAGGUAUUAUAUUAUUGUAUAUUAUACUCUAAUCUUAUGGCAGUCUUUGAAGUACGUAGGAACAUUACAUACUUAAUUUACUAUAGGUAAUAUAGUCAAAAAGCUCUAAGCAUAAAAAUACCAAGAUAAACAAAAAGUUUUCUCAAACAGACCAAGCAUGUCUCGGUAAAGGUUUCUAUAAUACCUACUAUCUACUUGUUGACCCGCCCCGGUUUCGCACGGGGAGCCUACACUAUUCCAUAGACAAAAUAUGGGUAUGAAUGUGUUUAUAUAAUUCUGUGGUUAUAUCCAUAGAGUUAGAAAUAAGUAUGGUUACAGGUUCUACCCAUUAGAAUCUACCUUAUAAACAUUCCUCAUAAAAUGUUAUCCCGGAAAUUCAGAAUUCCAACGGGAUUUUUAAAACCUAAAUCCACGGGAACGAAGUUGCGGGCAUCAUUUAUUUUCCACCACCAAGAUCCAUAAACCAUCCACUGUGUAGGUACAAGUCAGAACUUUUUUUCUGACUUUCAACUGUAAUUUAACUGUAAAGUAUCAGAUAAAACCUAAGUUCACGAUGUUUGCCUUUUAUUUACACCUAGUAGUUAGUUGUUAUUUACUCAUUGUUGUUCACAUAUCGUACGUUUCAUAUUAGGGCGCGCACACACGAACAGCUUUAUGUCUCCACAACAAAUAGACAUCGUCUUACUGAAAAAAAAUUACACAUGCUUAUACGGUAUACACAUGAUAGUUGAUAGAUACCUUUGUUUAACAUUGCGGAAAAAAAAUUCUAGUAAGUACGAGUCCUUAUGUUUCCAUUUAAGUAUUUAUGACUGUACAUAUACAUGCUAUAUACCUAUUUACAUAGUAAAUAAUAUAGUUCCACUA